UCAAGUAGUCAAAUAUUUUGUACUUCCCUCCACAAUUUUCAUUAGGUUUAGUUUCUCCCCCAAAUCCCUAACUUUCUCUUCAUACCAUCACUUUUUUUGCGUCGUUCCCUCUGUGCAUUGCGCACGCACCGCGGUUGCCCACCAACGCCGACCGCCACCUACCAAGAUUACUCUUCCCAACGAUGAACCACCAUCACCGACUCUCUCCACCAUGGUAUAUCUAUCUCUCCAUCACCACUGAAUUUUCCCCCAAAUCCCUCUCUCUUUCGCUGAUUACUUGCCUUAUCUCACUGGACUUUUACUCUCUCCAACUUAGGCAUGUUUGGAAUGGAUCGCUUUGAUGCUACUCUACCACCUGGGCAGGGGGCUAUUAUGGCUGAUGGAGCUUCAAAGCCUACUCCUAUUGCUGACAAGGAUGGAUAUUUCAGUGUGAAAAGUCAAAUGCUGGAUCAUGAGGAGUUGUUUGAAACUAUCUCCCAAGCACUUAUAUCAUUAGUUGACCGUGAUUGCUUAAGUGGUUGGGGAGGAAAUGUCUACAUUGUGUAAGUUUCAUUUCGUGUAUUCAACUGGAUAAAGAAUGGGAGGCUUGACAAGAUUUGGAAAACCAAAUGUGAAGAACGAAAGCUACGUGAGCGGGUUGAAAGAGAUUAAGGGGAGCAGCGAAUGCAAAAACAAUUGAAAGGCGUUAUGAGAAAAUUAGAUUGUCCGGGUACUUAAAGGUAGUUUUUUGUGUACUAUUUAAAUCAAUAUGUUAAAAAUUGUUAAUAUGUAAUAACUUGAGUUUAUGUUAUUGUAUCUGUGGUUGAUUUGUAAACAAGAUUGUACUAUAUAUU